UCGCGCUAAGCGCUCUGCGCGCUCCCGUUGCCAGGUCCGCCAUUUUCUCCGCUGGAAAAGAUGUGAAAAUCUUUAUUGUGGUGGAGGUCUGAGCUGGAGGUCUGAGCCCGGCUGCGCUGGACCGGAGGCGUGUUCAGUUGUGUAUAUAGUGAUGUGACUUGAAAACUCUGCAUACCAGCCGGUCAGUUUACCUGACUACACUCUAGGAGGCUAAAUGCUCUAGGUGAGCUAAAUGCUGCACCUCAUCUAAGGAACUACACUUUUUGACUAAAGUGCCCCAGGAAACAGGCAUCAGUCAUGUUCUGGAAGUUUGACCUGCACACAGCCUCUCAGGUGGAGAAGCUGCUGGAGAAGGAGGACGUGACUCUAAAGGAGCUGCUAGACGAGGAUGACGUGCUGCAGGAGUGUAAAGCCCAGAACCAGCGACUCCUCCUCUUUCUCUCACAGGAUAGCAGCCUGCUGGAGCUCAUCAGCCUCAUCACACACGAGCCCCCUUCUGACCGGGAGGAGAAACUGCGCUACAAACAUGCCAACACAGCGUGUGAGCUGUUGACAUGUGAUGUGGCCAUAAUUAAUGAUAAAGUAGGAGGAGAUGACUGUCUCCUGAACACACUUUACAGCUUUCUAGAGCAAAACCCUCCUCUGAACCCCUUGCUCGCCUCCUUCUUCAGCAAGACUUUUGGCAGCCUUAUCAGCCGCAAAACAGAGCAGACAAUCAGCUUCCUGAAGAAAAAGGAGGGAUUUAUUACUUUGGUUCUGAAACAUAUGGACACUUCAGCCAUGAUGGAUCUACUGCUGCGGCUCAUUAGCUGUGUGGAGCCUGCCCCUGUCAGACAGGAUGUCCUUACUUGGCUGGAUGAGCAGAAGCUUAUUCAGAGAGUGACUGAGCUGAUUCACCCUCACAUUGACAAUGAGAGGCAAUCAAACGCCUCUCAGACCCUGUGUGACAUCAUCCGCAUGAGUCGAGAUCAGGCCAGUCUUCUGCAGGAGCCAUCAGACCCAGACCCUCUACUUGCUACACUGGAGCUCCAGCAGAGUGUGGAGGCUCUUUUAAAGAACAUGUUCGAGGGAGACAACAGUGAGGUCUGCAUCAUCAAUGGAACUCAAGUUUUACUUACAUUACUAGAGACGCGGAAACCAGGAGUGGAGCUAAUUGAUUCAGCAUCUCAGGGCCUGGAAAAAUCUUACACUGUAAACAACAGCAUCUUACUGGGUAUUCAGCCUUAUCUGAAGCAUUAUCAGCACCUCCUGCUCAACCCACCCAAGAAGUGCAGCAUGUUGACGACUCUGGGGAUUUUAGAGGAGCCCUUUGGAAACGCUCGGCUGCAUGCCUGUAGGCUGCUGGCUGCACUGCUACACACUAUAGCUCCCAGAAUUCACUACGAGCUCUGCCAGCUGGACAUGAUCAACCUCAUAUUGGAUCUGUUUUUUAAAUUUACAUGGAACAAUUUUCUCCAUGUUCAAGUAGAGCAGUGUGUGUUUGCCAUUCUUCAUCAAGCAGUACCAGAAGGGACAACACAGCACAGUCCAGAGCCAAUCCAGCCAGAAAACUCUGCACACACACUUAAUGAGGAUAUGCAGGAUUCAGAUAAAUCCAUCAUGCUAUCACAUCAAGAUCUGAUGAAACAUCUAUUUCAGAAGUGCAGGCUGGUGCAGAGAAUACUAGAUGCCUGGGAGGAGAAUGACAAAACACAGGCUGAGGGGGGCAUGAGGAGAGGGUAUAUGGGUCAUCUUACCAGGAUUGCCAAUGCUGUAGUACAGUGUGGAGACAAAGAGCCAGCACAAGCUCAAAUCACCCAGCUGAUAAGUGAGUUACCCGAAGACUAUAAAGCCCGCUGGAAAACCUUUGUAGAUGAAACAUUAGCAGAGAUUAACAAGAAGAAUGCAGUGGACCUGGUGUUCUCAGACUAUCAGAUCCAGCAAAUGACAGCAAAUUUUGUUGACCAGUUUGGAUUCAAUGACGAUGAGUUUGGAGAGCAUGACGACAGUAUCAAUGCAUCAUUUAAUCGAAUUGCAGGAUUUAACUGUAACCUAGUGGAUGAGGGCCCCAGCCCUGGAGCGUUUGAGGCCUGCACUAAGGAGAAAACUCGUCAGUUUGAGGAUGCUGAAGAGGAGGAAGACAUUUGGGAGGACAAAGAAAUCAACUAUGCAACACAAGUGAAGUCCAGAACCAGGUUUGGAGUGACGUCCAGCAAACUGAAGGCUGAGGGUGAAGGUGGAGCUCGAAGGCGUUUGGGGUCACCUGAUCUGGAGGGAUUUCCACAGCCUAAGCAGAUUUCAGACAACAUCAGCCAGAGCCAGGAGAUGAGCAAAGAAGCAAUCUCCCCACAGAGUCCCGGCUGGGUGGCGAGUUUUGAAGACGACUUUAACUUCAAGGCUGAUUUUGCGAGUGUUGCUUUGGACACGGGUUCUGGAGUGUGGGGUAGUUCAACAACUCAACUGAGUGACAGUGAGGAGAAAGGCUGGGCCACUUUUUCUGACUUCCAGCCAUUCUGCUGCUCAGACUCUGGGCAAAGAUGCAGCUCACCAGUAGACUCAGAAACUCCAGGAAAACAAAACCAAGACAAAGAUGUAAAGGGAUCAGCUGCAUGUGUGUGGAGUGUGUGUGGGUCGAGGAAAGCUCCUUUGGUGGCGUCUGACAGCAGCUCUAGUGAUUCUGAUAGUGAAGAAGAGGAGGAGAGGAACGAGACUGUCAUGGAGACUGUCACUACUGGUAGUGGCAAAGAGGCAGUCAAACUGAGUGUGGAGUCAAAAAACGAGAAGACACUCUUCACCAGGAGAAAACCCAAGUAGUAAUGGUCCAAUGUAUCAAACGUAUUUCAGAGCCACCCUAGUGUUCUUGUGAAUCUCCGUGACCACCACUGCUCCACCUAUGAAAUAUAUAACGCCUCUUUAACACAUUUUCUCCGAGCCCAGCAUUUAUUUCAGUCCAGCUUAUGAAGUCAGGCCGUUUUGAAAUCUGACCCAUUGCAUAGCAGCAGCUGCUGGCCUGAAUGCAGCCUUGUCGAGCGAAUACAAGUCUGGGAUUCUUCCAUUUGCUGUCAUUAUUGCUGUGGCAAUAUAGAAAUGUUGCUAAGGGCCCACAGCUGUGAGGUCCUCCCUUUUCUUCAGAGCCAUGCUGACCAGUGUACUUCCAAAAGAGAACUCUAAUAAGACAAGUAAAGUGAGAAUUAAGGGUGUGGUUCACUGCAGCUGUCGUAAAUAUGCUUUUACUUCUGCUAGAUCCCAUAAGCCACUUUUAUUCAGUUGCGUUUGUUAAUAGUUUCAGCCUAAAUAAUCAGGUCCUCAACAGGAACCAGGCGAGUGGUGCCUAGCCACCUCCCUUAAAACUAGAUUGAUACUCUUGCGAAAGGAGUAUAUGUCACACAUUUUUCACUAUAAAAUGUAUAUUCUCAUCUAUAUGGGCCAGAUCCUUCUACCACUGUGUGUAUAGUACUGUGCAAAAGUUUUAGACACCUGUAAAAAAAAAGAGAGAAAUCUCAGUAAAUCACUAAUAUUAGAACAAUAAAAAAAUAAAAACUUUACAUCAACAUGUCAGGACCUGGUUUGGUAAAUCAGAGCUUAAUGAUGUUAAAUCAGGAAUUAAACACAUCCACUGGAGUGCUGGCUGACAGCAUCCAGGAAAAAUCUGGAACCUAGCUUUGUUCUUCUUUAGAACAGAAGCCACUUUCUUCAUUUUUUUGUUACUCUUUACUGUAUUUAUGUUUACCUGCAUCAGAUGUAAUAUACAGUUAAACUUACUGCUAAGAUAAGUGAUUAUAAAUGAUCUGCUUAUCUGCCUAAAACGUCUGCACAGUACUGAGUUAGUAUGUAUGCAAGCCUGAGAGCGAGAGAUAAUGAAACUGUGUUGGGUAGACUACGAGGUAAACUCAGUUUAGUGAGUGCUGUGUAUAUGCAAUAAGGUUGCGUUCUGUAGCUAGUAUUAGGACCUGCAGAUAAUGUAUCAUUGUGUGAGCUUGCAUUAUGGAAUCAUUGUUUACACAUUAGUGUGUGUGUGUGUGUGUGUGUGUGUGUGUGUGUGUGUGAUCGUAUAUUUAUUUCAGGGUCUUUUCAGGAUCUGUGUACACCAGGUCCUCAGACUCAAUGUUUAGCUUAUUGUUGUAUAUUGUUCAGACUUGAACUGAAUUUCUGUUUGCAGCUUAAUCAGUUGCACAGUAGUACAAUUGGGAUGCAUUAUUGGCCCAUUAUCCUAUACCGAGUUUACAAACAGUGUAUAUAUGAAUAUCUUUUAAAUUAAAUAUUUCUUUGGUCCAUUCAUAAUGAAAUUAUGCCAUUAAAAAAAUUAUUCACAUGAUGUCAAAAUGUGAAAACAAUAUAAUGUAGUUAUGUAUUAAUAAUCAAUAAAUCAGAUAAACAUAUUGAAUUAGAUGAACUAGAACACCUAUUCGUCCAGAUAAAAGCUUUAGGUAUUUUAUCAUAAUAUUUUGAAAAAUGUUUAAAGCUUGAAUAUAAUGUACAAGUUGGCUCAUUCGUAGACCCCUUUGCUUUAGGAAUGCCUUGUCCAUGUCUGAUAUUAGUUACUGUAUGAAUGUGGCUGUUAUUCUUCUCAUAGGUAACUGAACUGAAUAUUAUAUGUGUUUGUAUGAGUAGUUACUUGCUUAAUACAAAGCUUUGGUGUGAAUGUGAAUUUAGAGGCAAUAACAAAGAUUGAGUGCUUUUAUUUAUUGAGUUUUUUUUUCUUUUCUCUCUUUGCUUUCACAGCUGUCAGACCACUUAAUUUCCUGAUGAAUGAUUUGAUUGUAUGUGUGCAGAUUUACUUUACGAAGCUCAAUCUCUGUGUGUGUUUCAGUUUGCACUUUUGAAAACUUGAUUUUUAUACCAAAAGCUGUAAGAUAGGAGGCAGUGAUGAUGAGUAUGAUGAUGGUGGUAAUCGCAUUGAGGGUGCUUUUUCACUGUGUUAUGCUACUGUGUACAUUGAUGAGAACUUGCAAACACUUUAUUUUGUAAUAUGCAGGGAUGUGUGUAUGUGUGGGACAGAGGAUGUGGUCCAUCAGACCCAGGCCUUGUGUUUGAAUGUAACUCUUUUUUUUAUCUCAGUGGAUUUAUUCAUAGUUUUGCCAAAGUCUCAAACUAUCAUCAGAUUUAAAUUUGUCUCUCUUCUUUCUUUCUUUCCAUUUUGUUGGAAAACAGGGUUACAUAUCUUCUUCGUAAACACAUUUUUGCCCUUCCACAGCAUUAGUAAGAUUCUCUACCUUUACUGUAUGCUUCUACAGUAACUCAACACUGCCUUCUGAUCACUGUCUGUGGCGAUGGAGUCUGUAUUCUCUCUUUAUCCUGUCUUCCAAGUGCACACACUUGCUCACUAGCUGCUUUAUUUUCCCUUCAUGUAGCUCUUUUGCUCGUCAUUAAGGUCAGUAAGGUGCAGAAGCACAUAUGGUAGCACAUGACAUGUUCACAUUCCUGUGUUUUUCUAAAAAUUGCGAGUUAAUCCUUUAGACCCUGUAUUUGGGCUCACACUUAUUUAGGGAAAGCUUAAAACUACGUUACUGUCACAAUUAACAUCAUUUAAUAGGCCCUAAAAUAGAACCCUGUGGGACUCUGGUAACGGUUUAGUUUAGCUUAUCCUACAAACAUUUACUAAUUUUAAUAGCCGAAUAAAUAAUCUAGGGUGUAAAGGGUUAAUGAGCAUUUUUUUUAGAUAAAUACAACAGUACUUCAAUUUAAUAAGAUGAGAAGUUCAACUAGUAAUAACUAAUAAUGAAUCCUAUUGAAUAAACAAGGUACUUGAAAUUACUUAACGAUACUUUAAUGAACCAUAUUUAAUAUUUCUAUUUCUCAUAGCUCAAACUGUUCUCCUUUAAAAGAGCAGCUACACCUGGGCAUGCUACGUAAAACUAAUCUGUUUGACACUUUAAUAUCCAGCUUUACUUUGGGUGUCUUUAAUAUCAGUGACAGUACUCACCUGUCAUGGGACUAUGUUGCAUUAUACCUUUUAGAGAGUUUUCCUGAGUGUACUUGAGAUCAGGUUAUUAAUCAACCUAAACCCCACAUUCAUAACUAACACAUCUAAUUUAAAGUUGGACUGAUGUUAAUGAUAACAUGUAUACAAAAAAAAACUAAAGCAUAUUCAUCACCUGGUCCAGUAUUGUAUGGUAUCUACUGCCUUCAGCAUCUGUGUGUUUGUGUCAGUCUGGACUACAGGUCUAACAUCUACCAUCAUAUAGUCAAAUGCCUUUUGUAUUGUAAACUGAUGCUGGUGGUUUCUUUUUUGUAUAAAUGCAAUACUGUACCUGUUCUUAUUUUUGUUGACUCUAGGCUUCAAAUUCAAAUAUCAAACCAAUAAAUAUUUCCGAUGUGACUAAA